UGUAUCCGUAGGGUUCAUAUUCCAGAUUGCUCAGUUGUUAUGGGGUUUUGCAUGUAAUAAAUGUACCGUGUCUCCACCCUUACUUAUUCCUUUCCCUCCCCCCGUGUAUAUAUAGAUAUACGGUAUAUAUUUUUUAACUAACACGAACUGUAAAUGAAAAUGGCUGACGUCUCUGCUCUCCCCCAUCCUGUCUGGGGCUGACUGAGGAUGAUCUAGCACUCCUCCUCCUCCUCCUCUUCCUCCUCCUCCUCCAGGAGCCAUUGCUGCCCCGAUCUUGCCCUCCCCCUUCGUUUUCUCAGACCCCCAUCUUGUAUUUAUUUUUUCUUAACUCCUUCCUGCCCUUGUUAUGUGAGGUCGGGGUAAGGGGUACGGUGAGGGUAUCGGCAGAGCUUCUGCCAUUGACCCCACCAGACAUAUACCUAUCCUCCACUCUUUUUGUGCCCUCCAGCAUUUCCUCUUCUCGUCUCCCUCCCUCUCUCUCCUCCCCUUUCCCUCUUCUCUUCUGCUUUCUGCCAAACGCCAUUACUGAGGUGGAGGGGGUGGGUGGGGAAAGAAGAAGAAAAAAAAAAAAAAGCGAGACAUGUAGGCCCUGCCUGCAAUUACAGGCCUCGGACUCAAUUUGUUCAGCCUGCUGGUGCUGCUGUUUUAGGCCGUUUCCGUUUAUCUAACAGGAUUGGCUCACUGUCACCGUUCCUGUGAGCAGUCCCUGUACUCUUUUAAUAUAACCUUUCGUUUUAAAUUAGAGACGAAAGACGCUGGACAUGUAAUGCAAUGGUCUCUGCAAAACGUUCUGUGUUUGAGGUGGAGCUUCGUAAGACAGGCAUAUGCAGGCUCAUCUUCUUUCUUGAGGGGACUAUAAUUUCUACUCUUACGACAGCUACAUAAACAGACAAAAUUGCAAAGAUCUGCCCUGUGUCGAGUAUGACAGCCACGACCCGUGGCUCUCCCGUUGGAGGGAAUGAAAGCCAGGGCCAGGCUCCAGAUGGACAGUCUCAGCCACCCAUCCAACAGAAUCAGACCUCCUCUCCUGAUUCAUCCAAUGAAAAUUCCCCCAUUAGCCCUCCAGAUGAGCAGGGUCAGGUGGAUGCCACACCUCAGCUUGAAGAUGAGGAGCCGGCUUUUCCUCAUACUGACUUGGCCAAGUUGGAUGACAUGAUCAACAGGCCUCGCUGGGUGGUUCCAGUUUUGCCUAAAGGUGAAUUAGAAGUCCUUCUAGAAGCUGCUAUUGAUCUUAGUAAAAAAGGCCUUGAUGUGAAAAGUGAGGCAUGCCAACGAUUCUUUCGAGAUGGGCUAACAAUAUCUUUUACAAAAAUUCUCACUGAUGAGGCAGUGAGUGGCUGGAAGUUUGAGAUUCAUAGGUGUAUUAUUAACAACACUCAUCGCCUUGUGGAGCUAUGUGUGGCCAAGCUUUCCCAGGACUGGUUUCCCCUUCUUGAACUUCUUGCUAUGGCCUUAAAUCCUCAUUGUAAAUUUCAUAUCUACAAUGGUACACGUCCGUCAGAGACUGUUCCUGCUGGAGUCCAGUUGGCGGAAGAUGAGCUUUUUGCUCGACCACCUGAUCCACGUUCACCAAAGGGUUGGCUAGUAGACCUCAUAAAUAAAUUUGGCACAUUAAACGGGUUCCAGAUACUGCAUGAUCGCUUCAUGAAUGGCUCCGCACUGAAUGUCCAAAUCAUUGCAGCACUCAUAAAGCCAUUUGGACAAUGCUACGAUUUUUUAACUCUUCACACAGUCAAGAAAUACUUUCUUCCAAUUAUAGAAAUGGUUCCACAAUUUCUAGAAAAUUUAACAGACGAUGAGCUGAAAAAAGAAGCAAAGAACGAAGCCAAAAAUGAUGCCCUCUCCAUGAUUAUAAAAUCCCUUAAAAACCUAGCUUCUCGUGUUCCAGGGCAAGAAGAAACUGUCAAAAAUUUAGAAAUUUUUAGGCUUAAAAUGAUACUUAGGUUAUUACAAAUUUCUUCCUUCAAUGGAAAAAUGAAUGCACUUAAUGAAGUCAACAAAGUGAUAUCAAGUGUAUCAUAUUAUACACAUAGACAUGGAAAUCCAGAGGAGGAGGAGUGGCUCACUGCCGAACGAAUGGCAGAAUGGAUACAACAGAACAACAUUCUCUCAAUUGUUUUACGGGAUAGUCUGCAUCAGCCUCAAUAUGUAGAAAAACUAGAGAAGAUUCUUAGAUUCGUUAUCAAAGAAAAAGCCCUAACGUUGCAGGAUCUGGACAACAUUUGGGCAGCACAGGCAGGAAAACAUGAAGCCAUUGUGAAGAAUGUCCAUGACCUCCUGGCCAAACUAGCAUGGGAUUUUUCCCCUGAACAACUAGACCACUUGUUUGAUUGUUUCAAGGCAAGUUGGACAAACGCAAGUAAAAAACAGAGGGAAAAACUAUUGGAGUUGAUACGUCGGUUAGCAGAAGAUGACAAAGAUGGCGUGAUGGCUCACAAGGUUUUAAACCUUUUGUGGAACUUGGCACACAGUGAUGACGUUCCGGUUGAUAUCAUGGACCAGGCUUUGAGUGCGCACAUUAAAAUUCUGGAUUACAGCUGUUCACAGACCCAUAACGUUGGGAACAAAGAGCUCACUGUAACUUUUCCAUUGAAGGAUCGUGACACUCAGAAGAUUCAGUGGAUAGAUCGCUUUAUAGAAGAGCUGCGUACAAAUGAAAAAUGGGUCAUUCCUGCACUUAAACAAAUUCGAGAAAUAUGUAGUUUGUUUGGAGAAGCACCUCAAAAUUUAAGUCAAACCCAGCGCAGCCCUCAUGUCUUCUACCGCCAUGAUUUAAUUAACCAACUUCAACAUAAUCAUGCCCUUGUUACCUUGGUGGCCGAAAAUCUCUCAUCCUACAUGGAUAGCAUGAGGCAAUACUCCAAAGAACACGGAGAAUAUGAUCCACAGACUGUGAGACCAGGAAGUCGAUACAGCCAUGUUCAGGAAGUCCAGGAACGGCUAAACUUUCUGAGGUUUUUAUUAAAAGAUGGCCAGCUUUGGCUUUGUGCCCCGCAGGCAAAGCAAAUAUGGAAGUGUUUGGCUGAAAACGCAGUCUACCUUUGUGACCGUGAGGCCUGUUUCAAGUGGUACUCCAAACUCAUGGGAGACGAACCGGACUUGGACCCAGACAUUAACAAAGACUUUUUCGAAAACAAUGUUUUGCAGCUAGAUCCGUCCCUCUUAACAGAGAAUGGCAUGAAAUGUUUUGAACGAUUUUUUAAAGCUGUGAACUGUCGAGAAGGAAAGCUCGUAGCAAAACGACGUGCUUACAUGAUGGAUGAUCUAGAGCUCAUUGGACUUGAUUACCUCUGGAGGGUUGUGAUUCAAGGCAGUGAUGACAUUGCAACUCGAGCAAUAGACCUUCUGAAGGAAAUAUACACCAAUCUUGGGCCAAGGUUGCAAGUCAACCAGGUGGAGAUUCAUGAGGACUUCAUUCAGUCUUGCUUUGAUCGUUUGAAGGCUUCAUAUGACACAUUGUGUGUACUGGAUGGAGACAAAGACAGUAUUAAUUGUGCAAGACAAGAAGCAAUCCGAAUGGUCCGGGUCCUGACUGUCCUGAAGGAAUACAUCAAUGAAUGUGACAGUGACUACCACGAGGAGCGGACAAUUCUUCCAAUGUCAAGGGCUUUCCGUGGCAAACACUUAACACUGGUGGUCCGAUUUCCAAAUCAAGGCCGGCAAGUAGAGGAUCUGGAUAUAUGGUCUCACACAAAUGACACAAUAGGUUCUGUUCGUCGUUGCAUUCUUAAUCGGAUUAAAGCCAAUAGUGCACAUACAAAAGUAGAGCUGUUUAUUGGUGGAGAACUGGUAGAUCCCUCUGAAGACAGAAAAUUGAUUGGCCAAUUAAAUCUAAAAGAUAAAACUCUUAUUACAGCUAAGCUUACACAGAUAAGUUCAAAUAUGCCUUCAAGCCCUGAUAGCUCUUCUGACUCCUCUACUGGCUCUCCUGGAAAUCAUGGGAAUCACUAUAGCGACGGCCCCAACCCAGAGGUGGAAAGUUGCCUGCCUGGAGUGAUAAUGUCCUUGCAUCACAGAUAUAUAUCUUUUCUCUGGCAAGUUGCAGACUUGGGCAGUAGCUUAAGUAUGCCACCACUUCGAGAUGGUGCACGAGUGCUGAUGAAGCUGAUGCCUCCAGACAACACCAUUGUCGAAAAACUAAGAGCAAUAUGUUUAGAUCAUGCAAAACUUGGUGAAACCAGUCUCAGUUCAUCGUUGGACUCCCUUUUCUUUGGUCCUUCUGCUUCUCAAGUUCUCUAUUUAACAGAGGUAGUGUAUGCUUUGUUAAUGCCUGCCAACGCACCACUUGGUGAGGAUGCAAGUGGUUUCCAGUACAACUUUUUGAAAAGUGGUGGAUUGCCACUCGUUUUGAGCAUGUUGACUCGGAACAACUUCUUGCCAAAUGCUGACAUGGAAACAAGGAGGAGCGCUUACCUUAAUGCUCUGAAGGUCGCCAAACUGCUGCUUACAGCGAUUGGCUACGGCCAUGUCCGUGCUGUUGCUGAAGCUUGCCAGCCUGUCGUUGAAGGCACAAAUCCUGUCUCUCCAGCUAUCCACGAUCAAGCCGUGGUGCUGCAGAAUGCCCUACAGAACAUUCCAAACCCAACAUCCGAAUGUAUGCUGAGAAAUGUAGCAAUACGCCUUGCGCAGCAAAUAUCUGAUGAGGCAUCCAAGUACAUCCCUGAUAUAUGUGUCAUUAGAGCAAUACAAAAGAUAAUCUGGGCCUCUGGCUGUGGAUCUGUUCAGUUGGUGUUCUCUGCCAAUGAGGAAAUAAGUAAAAUCUAUGAAAAGACCAAUGCUGGAAACGAGCCUGACCCAGAAGAUGAACAGGUGUGCUGUGAAGCUCUGGAAGCAAUGACUCUCUGUUUUGCUUUAAUCCCAACUGCGCUGGAAACCCUCAGUAAAGAGAAAGCCUGGCAGACUUUCAUCAUUGACUUGCUGUUACACUGUCAGAGCAAGCUUGUACGACAAAUGGCACAAGAACAAUUUUUCCUCAUGGCUACAAGAUGCUGCAUGGGACACAGGCCAUUGAUCUUCUUCAUUACUCUGCUGUUUACAGUACUUGGGAGCACUGCCAGAGAACGGGCAAAACAUGCAGGAGAUUAUUUCACCUUGUUGAGACACCUACUGAAUUAUGCCUACAACAGCAAUAUUAACAUCCCCAAUGCUGAGGUUCUGCUUAACAAUGAGAUCGACUGGCUGAAGAGGAUAAGAGAUGAUGUGAAGAGAACAGGGGAAACCGGUAUCGAGGAGACCAUUCUAGAAGGCCACCUUGGAGUGACAAAAGAAUUGCUGGCAUUCCAAACGCCGGAAAAGAAGUACCACAUCGGCUGCGAGAAAGGAGGGGCUAACCUUAUUAAGGAACUGAUUGACGACUUUAUAUUUCCUGCUUCCAAUGUGUAUUUGCAAUACAUGAAAUCUGGAGAACUGCCAGCAGAGCAAGCUAUUCCAGUCUGUAGCUCACCAGCUACAAUAAAUGCCGGAUUUGAGUUGCUGGUGGCAUUAGCAGUGGGAUGUGUCCGGAAUCUGAAACAGAUCGUUGACACGUUAAAUGACAUGUACUACACAGGUUGUGAAGCACUAACAGAAUGGGAAUACCUUCCUCCGGUGGGACCAAGACCUCCCAAAGGGUUUGUUGGGCUGAAAAAUGCCGGGGCUACAUGCUACAUGAAUUCUGUGAUACAGCAGCUGUACAUGAUCCCUGCCAUCCGAAAUGGGAUUCUUGCUAUUGAAGGCACUGGUAGUGAUGUUGAUGAUGACAUGUCUGGAGACGAAAAGCAGGACAAUGAGAGUAAUGUUGAUCCUCGGGAUGACGUAUUUGGUUAUCCUCACCAAUAUGAUGACAAGCCAUCGCUGAGUAAAACCGAAGACCGGAAAGAGUACAACAUUGGUGUACUGAGACAUCUGCAGGUCAUCUUUGGCCACUUGGCUGCAUCAAGAUUGCAGUACUAUGUUCCAAGAGGGUUUUGGAAACAGUUUAGGCUUUGGGGAGAGCCUGUUAAUCUUCGUGAGCAACAUGACGCUUUAGAAUUUUUCAAUUCACUGGUUGACAGUUUAGAUGAAGCUUUAAAAGCCCUAGGUCACCCAACCAUGCUAAGUAAAGUUUUAGGAGGAUCCUUCGCCGAUCAAAAAAUUUGCCAAGGAUGCCCACAUCGGUACGAAUGUGAGGAGUCUUUUACAACCCUGAAUGUAGAUAUUAGGAACCACCAAAAUCUGCUCGACUCAAUGGAGCAGUAUGUCAAAGGAGACUUGCUGGAGGGCGCAAAUGCGUAUCAUUGUGAGAAGUGCAACAAAAAGGUUGAUACAGUGAAGCGUUUACUCAUUAAAAAGCUGCCUCCUGUUUUGGCAAUCCAGCUGAAGCGUUUUGAUUAUGACUGGGAAAGGGAAUGUGCAAUCAAAUUUAAUGAUUAUUUUGAGUUUCCCCGGGAGCUUGACAUGGAGCCCUACACAGUUGCAGGUGUUGCCAAGUUGGAAGGAGAUGAUGUAAACCCUGAAAAUCAGGUCAUCCCCAAUGAACAGACGGAAAACGAGCCUGCUGGAAGCACCAAGUACCGACUGGUGGGAGUGUUGGUACACAGUGGGCAGGCUAGUGGAGGCCAUUACUAUUCAUACAUUAUCCAAAGGAACGGUGGAGAUGGCGAGAAGAACCGUUGGUAUAAGUUUGAUGAUGGGGAUGUUACUGAAUGCAAAAUGGAUGAUGAUGAGGAAAUGAAGAACCAGUGCUUCGGAGGAGAGUAUAUGGGAGAAGUAUUUGACCACAUGAUGAAGCGAAUGUCUUAUCGGCGACAGAAGAGAUGGUGGAACGCCUACAUUCUUUUUUAUGAGCGUAUGGACACAUUAGACAAGGACAAUGAACUGAUUAAAUAUAUUACAGAACUAGCAAUCACCUCUAAACCCCAUCAGAUCAAGAUGCCAUCAGCCAUUGAGCGAAGUGUUCGCAAGCAAAACGUGCAGUUUAUGCACAACAGAAUGCAAUUCAGCUUAGAAUAUUUCCAAUUUAUUAAGAAGUUACUAACCUGUAACAGUGUCUACCUAAAUCCUCCCCCAGGACAAGACCAUCUUAUGCCUGAGGCUGAAGAAAUAACAAUGAUCAGUAUACAGCUUGCUGCUAAAUUCUUGUUUACCGCAGGAUUUCACACAAAGAAAGUUGUCCGUGGGCCAGCCAGUGAUUGGUAUGAUGCAUUGUGUAUUCUCCUCCGCCACAGUAAGAAUGUACGCUACUGGUUUGCACAUGGCGUUCUUUUUGCUUAUCCAAAUCGCUUCUCUGAAUACCUGUUGGAAUGCCCAAGCGCUGAAGUUAGAGGCGCGUUUGCAAAACUUAUCGUAUUUAUUGCACAUUUUUCUUUGCAAGAUGGACCCUGUACCUUACCCUUUGCUUCACCUGGACCUUCAAGUCAGGCAUAUGAUAAUUUGAGCCUGAGUGACCAGUUACUAAGAGCAGUCCUGAACCUUCUGCGGAGAGAAGUGUCCGAGCAUGGUCGGCACUUACAGCAGUACUUCAAUCUGUUUGUGAUGUACGCCAACCUUGGGAUGCAAGAAAAGACUCAGCUCUUGAAACUCAACGUGCCUGCAACAUUUAUGUUGGUAGCAAUGGAUGAAGGUCCUGGUCCUCCGAUCAAAUACCAGUAUGCUGAACUGGGCAAGCUGUACACUGUAGUCUCACAGCUAAUCCGUUGUUGCGAUGUAUCAUCGCGUAUGCAGUCUUCUAUUAAUGGUAACCCACCACUUACAAACCCCUAUGGUGAUCCUAAUUUAUCACAGCCCAUAAUGCCUCUUCAGCAGAAUGUGGCAGAUUUGUUGUUUGUAAAAACUAGUUAUGUGAAGAAAAUAAUUGAGGACUGCAGCAAUUCAGAAGAGACUAUCAAACUUCUUCGGUUUUGUUGCUGGGAAAAUCCACAGUUCUCAUCUACAGUUCUCAGUGAACUCCUGUGGCAGGUUGCAUACUCGUACACUUAUGAGCUUAGACCCUACUUGGACCUCUUGCUGCAGAUUUUGUUGAUUGAGGACUCGUGGCAAACUCAUAGGAUCCACAAUGCACUUAAAGGAAUACCAGAUGAUAGAGAUGGUUUAUUUGAUACCAUCCAGCGUUCCAAGAACCACUAUCAGAAAAGAGCCUACCAAUGUAUAAAAUGCAUGGUGGCUUUGUUUAGCAACUGUUCUGUUGCAUACCAGAUUUUGCAGAGCAACGGAGACUUGAAAAGGAAAUGGACCUGGGCUGUGGAGUGGCUAGGUGACGAACUGGAGCGUAGGCCUUAUACUGGCAAUCCACAGUACACCUACAACAAUUGGUCGCCACCAGUACAAAGUAACGAAACCUCAAACGGCUACUUUUUAGAGCGGUCACACAGUGCCCGGAUGACUCUUGCAAAGGCUUGUGAGCUUUGCCCAGAGGAGGAGCCAGAUGACCAAGAUGCCCCUGAGGAACAUGAAUCCUCCCCACCUGAAGAUGCCCCAUUGUAUCCCCAUUCACCUGGUUCCCAGUAUCAACAGAAUAACCAUUUGCAUGGACAACCGUACACGGGCCCAGCAGCACAUCACAUGAACAACCCUCAACGGACAGGCCAACGAGCACAAGAAGAUUUUGAAGGCAGUGAAGAAGUCCCCCUGAUUCAAACAAAAGAGUAGUGAAAUACACAUAAUCAUUUUACUUAACCCCUCCGAGACUGUGCACCCAGGCCUUACAGUCCAACCUUUCUUUGUGUCUGGCUAAUAUUUAAAAAUAGAAAAGAGAAAAAAAAAAUACAAAAAACUAUUCCUAAUCAACUUGGAGUGAAAAUCCUAUUCACUGUCUUAUCUGCAGAAAGUUGCUGUCAAUAUAUAACCCGCCUGCAGUGGAAAGUGUAUAGUGUUUUGUAAUAAACGGCCUGAUGCUAAUGUGUAAAUGGCAAAGGUGUACAUAGUAUAUUAAUGUUUGACUGUUAAUUCUAAAGCAAGAUUUUUUUUUCUUUUUUUUUUUUUCUUUUUUUAAUUUGGGGUUUAUUGAAAUUCACAGAUUUACAAAAAAUGAAAAACAAACAAAAUCUCAAAAAAGAAAAUCACCAAACCUUUGGUGUUCUUGAAUUGUCUACAAGAUUUUUCUUUUUUCUGCCACAUGGGUCGUCGGAUAUUGACAACACAAAAGAAGCUACACUUGCCCUCGCCAGCCAUAAGUGGUUCAUUGUUCUUUGCCACAUUACCACUUUUAAAUGGAGCAUUUUGAUGCCUGGUAACCUUUUUAAUUAUUUGAAUGAUGUGGACAAGUGGUGGUGUAACAUCUCGUUCUAGAUUUUCUUUUUGAUUGCCUUCUUUCUUUUUUUGGGAGGGGGGUCUUAUUUUUGUAACGUUAGCAUGGCUUCCCACCAGAUCAGUGUAGCCAGGUUUAGGGGUUUGGAAGAAGGGUUGUUGAGGGUGGUGAUGCCAUGAUUGGAAAACAGUUGCACUGUUCAGGUUUUUUUUGGGGGGGGGUUCCCUUUAUGGGUAGGAGGGGAAUGUUUUUGUUUUUCUUUUCUUUUUUUUCUUCAUUCUAGAUUACAGUUGAAAUGGAAAGAGAAGAGACGUUGAAUGGAACGGAGUUGCACAUAUUCCCAUUCGUAAUAUUUGAGAAUUGCCUGUGGGUGGGAUACAGAAUACUUAGGCUUCAAUAAUAAAUAUAAGAAGUGGGGGAAAGUAUAAUUAAAUAAAAACACAGAUAUGCAAAUAUUAACUAUGCGGGAAUCUCUAAAGCAUAGUCAAAUGGUAUUUUGUGUGCUUGUUUGUUCCUUUGGUAAAGCUUAUUCUACAGAUAUGUCAUACACUUUUCCUUCUAUAACACCUCAAAGUAGAAGGCCUACAACUUUACAUUAUACCUGUGAAUACCAUUACCCGGGUAAAAAUUUGGUGGUAUUUGCUUUGUAAAACAGUUCUACUUGAAAUUAGAAUUGGCCUGUAGCCCAUACUCCAUACUCUAUGGUGAAUAUUUAAUAUUAGAAGUAGGGUCUGAAUAGACGAUAAAACUACUGGUUAGCCGACUGCAGUUUUUCUUCAGUUCCUGGAGUCCAUGACAAAAUGUUUUAUUAAUUUCAAGGAAAGCAUCAGUAAAUACUGUAUUUAAAGGAAAAUUGGUAACUUGAAUGUGUGUAUUUUUUUUUUUUUUUGAAACUUGUCUCAAGAAAAACCAAAUACCCCUGCAAAACAGAUACAGCCCACCCUAUAAUAUUUAAAUAUUUUGCUGUUUUAUUUUAUAGAAAUUAUUUUGCUGAAUUCACAAAUAGAAUUUGAUUUAAGAAGAAAUAAA